CCCCUUUGGUCCAUAUCGUUUCCACCUCCCAUUCAGUUAUGCGACCUAGUAAACACUGAAAACUCGCUGGAAGAAAAUAAUUCUCGAGUGAAAUUACUUAAUUAUAAAGUCAGUAAAGUUUUCAGAUCGGGUAGUUAACAUAUAUCACGGUAUCUGAGUAUCUGCAGUUGUAAAAUAUCUGUCGGGAGUGUGCCCCUGCUUUCUUCCCCAUCAUUUCACAGUGAAAGUUGAGAAGUUCUAAAUCGUUAAAAAUGUUGUAAAUAAGCUAACCAAAGUUUAAGGGUCUUUGGGUGUGCAGGUCUUUCUGGCUGGAUUUUGACAUGGAGGAAUAAAGUGAUCGGGCACUAUUUGCAUAUGAGCUAUCUUUAACAGUUGAGAUUUAUGUGCAUCGCAGAGUGCUGUGUUUGUGUCGAGUAUGCGAAGUGGAGCUUCAUUAAAUGUCAUCCAUCAAGCCGAGAAGAAUGAGCGUUAGGAUGAGUGAGCAUGAAGUUGAUGAAGUUACUUUCCUCACGGGGGAAUCAACCAAUGCAAAUAAACGAACUCUUUACGAGCAGGAACGGAUUGCCGUGUGCUCACAGAAACGGGCGGUGGGUGUGGCCCUCCUCGUCUUUUUUGCGCUUUUCUUUGUCGCCGUCAUCAUUGCCUUUGCGACUCCUCUCAGUGGAUGUUCUUUCUUAACUGGACCAUCGGACUCUUCACUAAAUCCGGAUGAAGGUUCGGACGAACAUGACUUUAUUUCCGAGUCUGGAGAACUUUUUCCAUGGACGAAACCCAGACUACCCACCGACAUCAAACCAACGCACUACACAAUCUCCAUCCACCCAAACUUGACCACUUUAGAUGUUACAGGAUGGGUGGUGAUACGUUUCGAGGUGUUGGUGGAGACGAGCCUGAUUGUUCUGCACAGUCGGAAUAUCACCAUCAUCGACAAGUGGGUGAAGGAAGAGGUCGAGGACGGUCAUCGUGUGGAGCCUCUCAACAUUUCUCAGUUGCUGGAGUAUCGCCCAUUUCAAAUGAUUUCGUUGGAAAUGAAGGACGAAAGUGCUCUUAUCCCUGGAAAAAACUAUUCACUAGGAAUCCGUUUUCAUACAAACAUUAGCACGGAGCUGGAAGGAUUCUACCUCAGUAGUUAUGUAAAUUCUCAGGGAGAAAGGAGAUAUUUAGCAACCACCCAUUUUGAACCAACUUACGCCCGGUCUGCCUUCCCCUGUUUUGAUGAACCACAAUUUAAAGCAGCCUUCAAAAUGAUCAUUAUUCGUAACCAAUUUCACAAAUCGUUGUUCAACAUGCCCAUCAAGAAGAUUGAGACAGUUUAUUACGGGUACAACAUGGAACUGUGGAGGGACGAGUUUGAAGAAUCCGUCGAGAUGAGCACUUAUCUUGUCGCAUUUGUCAUCUGCGACUACGAGAGCAUUAGUAACAAAACGAGCAAAAAAGUUGAAGUAUCCAUCCAUACGCCACACGGUCUUCUCAAUCAAGCACAAUUUGCACUUCAAACUGCCGUCCAACUCAUGGACUAUUACGACGAGUUUUUCAGCGUAGCUUAUCCAUUACCAAAACAAGAUUUAAUUGCCAUUCCCGACUUUGGUGCGGGUGCAAUGGAAAACUGGGGCUUAAUCACGUACCGAGAAACUUCAAUUUUAUACGAUAAAAAUGAGAGCAGUUCGGCUGCUCAUCAAUGGGUUGCGGUGGUCGUGGCACAUGAGUUAGCACAUCAGUGGUUCGGAAACCUUGUGACGAUGCGGUGGUGGAAUGACCUUUGGUUAAAUGAAGGGUUUGCCAGUUUUGUGGAGUACGUGGGAGUGGAUCAUAUCCAGCCAGAUUGGAAAAUGAUGGAACAAUUUGUCUUGGAGAAGACGCAGACAGCUUUGGCACUCGACGCUCUUGCGAGCAGUCACCCCAUCUCCGUGGAUGUCCGUGACCCUCGGGAAAUAGAAGCCAUUUUCGACACGAUAUCGUACAACAAGGGAGCUGCAAUCCUUUAUAUGCUGGAGUCUGUUCUUGGCCAGAGCAAUAUGCGUCACGGGUUGAUGGACUAUUUGAACGAGCAUAAGUUCGACAAUGCGGACACAGACGAUUUAUGGACAGCUUUGAGCAGCAGUGCAAACGAUUCAAUGAAAGUCAAGACAAUUAUGGAUACUUGGACUCUACAAAUGGGAUACCCUCUAAUUCGCGUCCGCAUUGAGAAUAAUUCCAUCCGGGCGUCACAAACUCGAUUCUUGUUGAAUGCAUACGACAACGAAACAGAGCUAGAACACGUAGAAAAUCAGUUUGGCUACAAGUGGUACAUUCCACUCACCUAUGUCACCGAUCUUAAGCCCAGAAGCAUGCAACUCGUUUGGAUGAACAGGACGGAUUACGAGUUCAGCAUGUCCUUCCGAGCAGAAUGGAUUAAAUUCAAUGUUAAUCAAACUGGAUUUUAUCGAGUUCAAUAUGAAGGACAACUGUGGGAUUCCCUCAUUAAAGUAUUGCUUACAAACCCAUUCAUUCUGAGUCCAACUGACAGGGCGAGUUUGAUUGACGACGCUUUCACCCUUUGCAAGGCUGGACUGGUAGAUGCAAAUAUUCCAUUAGAAUUGUCCCAGUAUUUGAGCAAAGAGACAGAAUACGUUCCAUGGGCCACAGCUCUAGAGCAUUUCCGAUCAUGGAGCAAAGUUUUGUACGAGAGGAAGGCACACCGACCUCUGAUUCAGUACGUACAAAAAUUAACGGAACCAAUUUACAAGAAGGUCGGAUGGGCAGAUUCUGGAACUCACCUAUUCAAGCUGUUGCGAGGUGAAGUUCUCUCCACAACAAUUCAUUGUGAAAACAAGGAUGCGGAAAAGGAAGCAAUGGCAAGAUUUGACAACUGGAUGAAAAAAGGGGUCCGAGUUCCGCCCAAUUUGCGAGAAGUCGUAUACUCUGCUGGGGUAAAAUAUGGGGGUGUAACUGGUUGGGACUAUUGUUGGUCCAAGUACAACUCUUCUCGGGUUCCCAGCGAAAAGAAAAUCUUACUCAAAGCAAUGGGAUCGGCUGCGGAUCCAUGGCUUCUACAACAAUAUCUAGAAGCAUGUCUUGACCGAGAAGUCGUCCGACCCCAGGACGUUCGAACCGUCCUUGGCGUCGUUGCAGCCAAUCCAUCGGGAAGAUUACUGGCUUGGCGACACCUCCGAGCACACUGGCUCACCUUCCAGAGCAUGUUUGGCGAAGGGUCGUUUACGAUGGGCAGUUUAAUCACGGCAGUCGUGGGACAUUUUUCAAAUGAGUUUGAUUACAGAGAGGUGACGGAUUUCUUCAGCGACAAGGACGUCGGAUCCGGCACUCGUGCUCUGAAUCAGAGCUUGGAGACAAUUAGACUCAACAUGCAUUGGCUGCAAAAUAACGAGGAUGAUAUUGAGAAAUGGCUUCAAUCCCAUUUACGCUGACCCAAAAAUGGCAAUGGUGUGAAAAAUUUACUUGUGAACAUUGGAUUGAUUCGUGAUGAUGGUGACGUCUGUUGCUGUGGGUGUGACUCGUGAUGGUUCGAUGAUGAGAUGUAUCGUGUCGUGCCUUACUCAGAUAAAGUUAUUUUUCGCCUGUAAAGAUUUCUCCCAUCAUUCAUAUCCAAAAAGGAGGAAGCACCUCUUCCAAAAUUAUACGUAGGCCUGGACUCUGCUUCACGCAACCAAUCAUGGGCCACCUUAUGAAAUGCAUAAGUUUGGAACUAUGCUCUAGUCCUCUGCUACCAUGCAAAUAGAAUAAUUGCUUUUAGCGACGUGAAAAUUAUACUAUCAAAAAACAACGAAUUAAUAAUUCCUCUCUAUAUCUUUCCUAUACCCUGAAUACUUAUGUAUCUAUGUCUCACAGCCAUAUAAAUAAUAAAGUGUUUGAUGUACUAAAUUAA